AUGGACGCACCACGAGCUGAUGUGGUCAUAGUGGAGACUGGGGUGGGAAACCUGGGUUCGAUGUCGGCGGUUCUGCUGCGAAGCGGCGCCACCUCGGUGAAGCUCACCACCGACCCUUCCCUCGUCCGGGCCGCCACUCACGUGGUCCUCCCCGGCGUGGGUUCGUUUGGCAGCGCGAUGGACUUCCUGUCGAAGGCCGACGGCCUGAUCGCUGCCCUCAAAGACCGCAUCGCCAACAACCAGCCCACGCUCUGCGUUUGCGUCGGACUUCAGGUGUUGGCUGCCAUCAGCGAGGAGAGCCCUGGUGCCAAUGGCUUCGACCUUCUCGACGGCGCGGCCAUCCUUAAGUUCCCUUCGUCUGUGCGCGUUCCUCAGCAGUGCUGGAAUCAAGUGGUCGUUGAGGAUGGAUGCAAACUGCUUAAGAGCGGCUGUGCCUACUUCAGCAACUCCUACUGCCUCCGCUCGCGCCCGCUGGACUGGUCCGCGGCCUACUCGCAACACGGAAUCAAGUUCAUCGCGGCGCUUGAGCGGGGCAACGUGGUGGCCACCCAGUUCCACCCCGAGCUCUCGGGCCGAUACGGCACUGAGCUCAUCCAGCGCUGGCUGGGUACCGAGCACACCGGACCCGUGGUCGAGCCCGCUCUUCCUACGGCCUCGCCGCAGUUCUCCUCCUCGUCCGCUCUGCGACGCGUCAUCCCGUGCCUCGACGUCAAGAGCGGACGCGUCGUCAAGGGCAUUCAAUUCCAGGGUCUGCGCGAUGCCGGUGACCCGGUGGAGCUCGCCCUGGCCUAUCAAGAGCAGGGCGCCGACGAAAUUGUAUUCCUCGACAUUUCUGCUACUGACGAGGAGCGCAAGACGGCCGUGGAGGUCGUCAAGCGCGUUCGUCAGUCCCUGCGUGUGCCUCUCACCGUCGGCGGCGGCAUCUCGUCCCUGGCCGACGCUCACAGCCUUCUCAUGGCCGGCGCAGACAAGGUCUCCGUAAACAGUGCCGCCGUGCGUGACCCUACGCUCAUCUCCUCGCUGGCCACCUGCUUCGGCUCCCAGUGCGUCGUGUGCGCCAUCGACGCCACCCAAAAGGCCGACAAGAGCGGGUGGGACGUGCUGGUGCGCUCAGGCAAGGAGAGCACCGGGCGUGACGUGGUCGAAUGGGCCAAGGAGGCCGUGCUCCGCGGCGCCGGCGAGAUCCUGCUCACCUCCUUCGACAGGGACGGGACGCGGUCGGGCUAUGAUACGGCUCUGCUGAAGGCCGUGGCCGACGCGGUCAAUGUGCCGGUCAUCGCCUCUGGUGGUGCCUCCACCGCCCACCACAUGGUCGACGCCUUCAAGGCGGGCGCCGAUGCGGUGCUGGCGGCGUCGAUCUUCCACAACGGCGAGACGACGGUGGCCAAGAUCAAGCAGCAGCUGGCCGCUGAGGGCGUGAGCGUGCGCAAGCCCGAGGGACCCGCUGGCGGCCAGCGCCUCGAGUGCGAGGCCACGUUCAACAGGCAGUGCCUGGUCCCCUCGAUCGACCUCAUGAACGGCCACGCCGUCCAGCUGGUCGGCGGCGACCCCGCCAACAAGAAGCUCGACGCCGGCGACCCGGUGCCGCUCGCCGAGCAGUUCAAGCUCGUCGGCGAGAUUGCGGUGGUGGACCUCGACGCCGCGCUCGGCCGCGGCGACAACGCCGAGACCAUCAAGAAGCUCCUGACCGUCGCGCCCUGCCGCGUUGGCGGCGGCAUUCGAACCGUCGACAAGGCUCUGGAGUGGCUAAACGCUGGCGCUGCCAAGGUGGUGAUCGGCACGGCCGCCAAGCCCGACUUCCUGCGGCAGCUGCCCAGGGAGCGCGUGGUGGUCGCGCUGGACGCCAGGCACGGCGAGGUCGUCGUCGAGGGCUGGCAGACCAAGACCGGCAAGAAUGUGAAGGAUUGCAUUCGCGAUCUGGUGGAGUACGCCGGCGGUUUCCUGAUCACCUUCGUCGAGCGCGAGGGCCGCCUGGCCGGAAUCGACAUCCCCGCCAUCGAGGAGCUUGUUGCGGAGGUGCAAAAGACGCCUUUCGCCCGCAGCACGCAGAUCACCAUCGCCGGCGGCAUCACCACCGAGGCCGACCUCGCCGCUCUCGACGCCCUCGGCGUCGAAGGCCAAGUGGGCAUGGCGCUGUACACGGGUCGGAUGGACCUGGGCGACUCAGUGGGCGCUCUGCUGAGGAGCGACCGGCCCGACGGUCUGUUCCCGACGGUGGUGGCCGACGAGCGCGGCGCGGUGCUGGGCAUGGCCUACUCCAACCGCGAGACCCUCAAGCUGGCCAUCAAGGAGAAGAAGGGCAUCUACUACUCCCGCAAGCGCGGCGUCUGGCGCAAGGGCGAGACCAGCGGCGCCAUGCAACAGCUCCUCAAGGUGGAUGUGGACUGCGACCGAGACACGCUACUCUUCACCGUGCGCCAGUCCGGCCAGGGCUUCUGUCACCGCGCCUCCUACAAUUGCUUCGGCGAGGGCGAGCGGGGCCUUUCGGGGCUGAUGCGUACUCUGGCCUCGCGCAAGCAGUCGGCUCCCGAGGGCUCCUACACCAAGCGCCUCUUCGACGACCCCACCCUCCUCAAGGCCAAACUGCUCGAGGAGGCUACUGAGCUCGCCGAUGCUGAAGGCAAGGAGCACGUCGCCAACGAGGCGGCCGAUCUUCUCUACUUUGCGCUGGUGGCCUGCACCAAGGCCGGCGUCACCCUGUCCGACGUCGAGCACGUCCUUGAGGCGCGUUCGCUCAAGGUGGCGCGCCGACCCGGCCACGCCAAGCAGCCGUUCCUCAACCUCGUCAACAAGCAGCAGCAAGAGACCGCGGCCGCGGCCAAGGCCAAGCAGGUCGAGAGCGAGAAGUCUGCGGCGAAGGAAAGCGAGGAGAAGGAGGUCGCCCUCAAGCGGCUGCAGAUCGCCGAGGUGUGGGACCUGCGCCGUGAUGUUGUCGACAAGAAGACCCGCGAGAUCGUCGAGGAGAUCCUGAACGAUGUCAGGGACAAGGGCGAGGAGGCCCUCGUCCGCCAGUCCGUCAGGCUCGGCGACCUCAAGUCCAAGGAGGAGCCCUACCUGCGCUCGCAGGAGGAUAUGAAGGCCGCCUAUCUCUCGCUUACGCCCGACCAGCAGUCGCUCCUGCAGCGCACCGCCGACCGCGUCCGCGCCUUCGCCGUUGCCCAGAAGGCCUCCAUCCAGUCCGUCCAGGUGCCCAUUCCCGGCGGUCAGGCCGGACACACGGUGGCGCCGGUGGACGUGGCCGGGUGCUACGCGCCCGGUGGCCGCUACCCCCUGCCCUCGUCGGUGCUCAUGACCGCCAUCACCGCCAAGGUGGCCGGCUGCAAGCAAGUCCUCGUCGCAUCGCCCAACCCGGCACCCGUCACGCUCGCCGCUGCCUACGUGGCAGGCGCUGAUUCGUUGCUCGCUGUCGGUGGGGCGCAGGCCAUCGCUGCCUUCGCGUACGGCAUUCCAGGCAAGAUCCCCUCGUGCGACGCGAUCGUCGGCCCUGGCAACAAGUUUGUGACGGCGGCCAAGUCGCUGAUCGCCGGCCGUGUGGCGAUCGACAUGCUCGCCGGUCCCUCCGAGUGCCUCGUGCUGGCCGACGGCACGGCCCACCCGGACGUCGUGGCGGCCGACCUGCUGGCCCAGGCCGAGCACGACGUGGCGGCCGUGCCCAUCUUGGUGGCCUACGACGAGGAGACCGUGCGCCGGGUCGAACAGGAGGUCGAGGCUCAGCUCGCCACCCUGCCCACCGCUGCCAUCGCCCGCGCCGCCUUCUCCAACGGUUUUGCUGUGAUUGUCGCGAACGAAGAGGAGGCCAUCACGGUGUGCGACAAGCUCGCGCCCGAGCACUUGGAGGUCCACACCGCCAACGCGGAGGAGCUCUCGCGCAAGCUCAACCACUACGGUGCCCUGUUCGUAGGCAACAACUCGGCCGAGGUCUUCGGCGACUACGGCGCCGGACCCAACCACACCCUGCCCACCAGCGGAACUGGUCGUUCGUUCGGCGGGUUGUCGGUCAUGUCCUUCCUCCGUGUGCGCACCUGGCUCAACAUCGACGACCUCAAGUCCCAGCCCGCGCAGCAGCUGGUCCAAGAUUCGGUCGAUCUGGCGCUGCUCGAGGGACUCCACGGCCACGCGCGCUCGGCCCAGAAGCGCCUCGUCCCCAAGGACCAGGUCACCGCGGCGUCGUCGUCGGCGGUGGUGCCCAUCCCGGCCGUCUUCGGAUCGCCCCGCGAGCCGGUGGUCAUCAACUUCGCCCUCCCCAAGGGCCGCAUGAUGGACAACGUCGUCACCCUGCUCAAGGACGCGGGCAUUUCGAUCAAUGUGGGCGGACGCAACCUGCGGCCCACCAUCAACCUGCCCGGCUGGACGGUCAAGCUGCUCAAGCCCCGAAACGUCGUCGAGAUGAUCCACCACGGCACCCGCGACGAGUUGGGCGCGGAUGACGUGGUUCCCUACUUCGACACGGGCCUCGACCCGGUGCGCGUGGUGGUGGCGGCACCCGAGAAGCUUCUGGUCGACGGCCAGCUGCCCAAGCGCCACAUGCGCCUGGCCACCGAGUACGUGGCCCUGGCCGAGAAGUGGGUCAAGGCCCACGGCGUCGACGCCGAGAUUUACAAGACCUUCGGCUCGACCGAGGUCUUCCCGCCCGACGACGCCGAGAUCAUCGUCGACAACACCGCGACGGGCACCACCCUGCGGGCCAACCAGCUGGCCAUCGUCGAUGAGAUCACCAAGUCCUCCACCUUCCUCUGCAUCAACCGCACCGCGCUGGAGGACCCGCGUAAGCACGCGGCGUUGGACGAGUUCGUGAUCCUCCUGCAGUCGGCGCUCAACGCCCGCGAGAAGGCCCUGAUCGAGUUCAAUGUCGAGAAGUCGUGCCUGGAGUCGGUCAUCGCGGGCCUGCCCUCGAUGAAGCGGCCCACCAUCUCGACGCUCUACGGCGACGAGGGCUUCGCCGUGCGGUCGGUCAUCCCUCGCAAGGCGCUCGUGAGCCUCGUGCCCUGGAUCAAGGCCAACGGCGGGUCCGACGUCAUCGUCACCGAGAUCAAGCAGGUCAUCGUCUAG